AUGGCUUCCAAAGCACUCCUAAUUGAAUUCCUUCCUAAAGAAGGAUUUCAAUGGUCUACCAACAGCGGGGCUCAUUUCAUCCGAAAUGACCAAGCUCGUAGGGUUGUUCGUGCAAUGAAAUUGGCAGGGCGACGUCUCGAUGAAUCGGUCUGUACAGAAUACAUUGCCCAUCUUUUCAACACCGCGAAAGACAUGGUACAUCGUUGCCGGGCAUUUGACCCUCCUUCCUUCUGGGAAUUUGUUAGCCGCCGUGUCUCAUGGGCACAACGUAUUAGCCCAGACGAUCUGUACGACCUAUCGAUUCGAAUCAUCUCAGCCAGACGCAUCUUUCUCGAUCAAACGGAUUACUGGGCGGAUAUGAAAACGGAGGGAUCCAAGGACAUCCCGGACAGCUACCUCAUCCGCGUCUUCAAUGAGGCCAACACGGCCGUGGACAGCUUUACCAGUGCAGUGGUUGAUACCUAUAGAAACCACACGAAAAUCAGAGAGAAGUACUAUCCCAAGUGGACCGAUGACUCUGACAACGAAGGGACCGCUGAAGCAACCAAGGCGAGGUCCCUCAAGAAUCGUGAAGCACCUCGCAAUCCUUCUACCGACGCGACUGCAGAAGACCAAAGCAAUGGUCUAGAAGGCGAAUAUGAGGAAAUGGUUGAGAUGGUCGAAAAUGUCCAAAUUGUCGAUAGAAUGGACGAGGGUGUGGACGUCGGCCUGGAGAUGCAAAUUCCGGAGGAAGGUGGAUUUGCCCAUACUAUAGCUCUCUCCUUUCGUUUCCGCUAG